AUGUCUCUGAACAAUCCGAUUCACCCUCCCUUUCAGUCUUCCAGUCCAACAGACAUUCCACGGACCAUAUCCAGCUCCCAGCGGGACGGUCCGCAUAUCCACGGAGAAGCAACCGAGCUCGUCCCGUCACCACACGGGGACCCGCCAGCAGCUGAAGCGCAAGAUGGAACCUCACAACAGCCAGCCUUCCAGCCAUUUUUUACGUUAAUCGAAGACAUACCUGCGGGCGAAUACCACCACCCAACUGUGCACUAUAUCUUCUCCGACGACGACACCGAUAUCAUCACCGAAGCAGCUCUCCGCAGCCUGGAAGCACAGCAGGAUGCUCUGCCCGCUAACAAGAAGCAUGUCUACAUCGGACAGCAUGAUGAGACAGAAGGACGAGAGCCAUCCACGCUCCUUCCACCUCCGAUCCCGGGUGUGCAAGAGAAAUACGUGGUAUUAGACGUUGAACCAGUCCCUGCGUCUGAGCACAUCACCCCCGCAGCAGUGCCAGCAACCAUUAACUUCGGCGCCGGAAUCACCAAUACCAUGUCCACAUCCCCAGCAACACAACCGUCCCCCACAGGAUCAUCAUCCCAUCCACAUUUCCGCGUAGCAUCGGCAAAAAGUUUCUCACCAGACUGGCAAGUCAUGAGGAGCGAGAUGGUUCCAGCGCCGACAUUUGAGAAUAACGACGGUGACGGGACGGGACAUGGGCUUAUGCUGAAGAUUCACGGGACGGCCGGGUUACCGUUUGCUGCUGAGUCUGGGAAGGAGCGUGGAACGCCGCGGUUGGAGGAUAUGAUGAAUCAAUUUGCGAAGCGCAUGGCGGAGUUGCAGACCGUUAUUGAUUCAGCAGAUGUGGAAGAGGAUGUGGAGACUGAAGAGCCUCAUAGUGGUGACGGAGAGCCCAGGGCUGGAGCGGACCAGGAACAGGAACAGGCACAGGAGCUGCCGCGUGAGCAGAAGAUGAGUGCGGAUGAACAGGCGCAAGAUGGCAAAGUGUCCGAACAGGAGCCGGCCUUGGAUGAAGUGGAAGGGUAG